CAUGAAGUGAAGUGCAGCAAAUACAUAAAUGCUGACAUACAUGGGUAAAAAAUUAAUCAGAAGUUAAAUACAAAUAAAUGAAUCCAUCCAGCCAUCAAAUCUCGAAUUAUUUAAGUCUUGAGUUAAAGUUGGAGCUUUAUUUCUGGAUGGAAUCAGUGUAUUUGGAGCUUUUUCCAGGAAAAAAGACUUGUUCCUGCUUAUUGCAUAACAAAAUAUUUAAAUUAACCAAACCUCUACUGGAAAACUCCCAAGUUUCCAGUCAAGUUGCUGUAACAUUUUUGUGUGAUAAAACAUUCAAUAUAACUAACUAUUGAUAACAUUAACUGAUGUGUUCAGGUUUAUUAUCGUCUUUCCAACAUUCCGCCUCCAAAAGAUCUGGUUAAAUACAAUGAAAUGGACAAAAAGUGCAAUACAUUGCCCUAAAGAAGCAAAAAUCUUAAAAUGUUUUUCUGGUAGACGACUGGUCUCUUCUUCUGCUGAUGUUUGCUCAUCUGCCUGACAUACUGAUUGGAUCUGAUAUAAAGAGACUAAAAGAUGAAGCUGCAAAGAGUAAACAUGUGAACAUGAAGCCUGUUUCAUCUGCAAUCAAAACAGCUGCAAGUCACCUUGAAGGAACUAUUUUGUAAUAAAAGUUUGCAGUCUUUGCUGUAGAAAAAAGAAAAAGCUUAAAUGAGCUCAAAUCUGUCAAUUGCUUGACUUGCACUAGAUCAGAAAAUGUGUCGAAUUACUUUUUUUGUCAUGCCAUUUUUCUUUUAGAGUGUAAUCUCCUACAAAGAGGGUUUCAUCCGACCACUAGUCAGUUGACUACCUUAUGUCACUCAUUACAGAUGUGUUUCAGAUUUUAAUGGUGGACUCACUCUGUUCCUCUGUUCUACAGAAUUUUAUUUACAGUCCUUUCUUGGUAGCUGCAUGUUAGUAGACAUUCAGUUUUGUUCUCUUUCCCUUUUCAUAUCCCUUUCUAUUUCCUUGAAGUUAAUGGACUUUACAUCACAUUGAUUUGUACUAAAGGGUUAGAUAUCCUCGAGUGUCUGGCUAAUGGGCCCUUCUAGAUAUCUUGAUUGGAACAGCAAAUGGAAGAUUUGAGUGCAAAGAGGUGUCAAGGUUAGCCUUUAAUUUUGAAUUCAUUUCAGUGUUUUUCCUCCAUUUAUUUGUGUUUAGAGGAGUUUUUGAUAAGCAACAAUUUUUGUUCCGAAGCAGAAACAUUGGAGUAAUGUGCACAUUUACGGGCUAACCUGAUCUGAAAUCUAAUUCUUCUCUGUCUCGUUAAAUGCUUUCCGAGAAAUAUGUCUCUGCAAGAGUUGAUCAGAGUUUGUUUGAGAACUCCAUUGCCCAGAAGCAGAGCCCUCAGACCUCCAGAACAGGUCAGCACUCCAUCCGAUCCCUCUCAGCAUCAGCUAAUUCCAAUUCUGGCUCCACCUUCAUCGACUCUCCAUCCUCUGGAGGACAGCAAAGGCUGAAAAAUGCCAUUAACCUGGGCAAGGCAGUUGGGGCAAAGGUCAACGACCUGCUGAGAAGGAAGGAGCCGAGCCACCUUGGAGACAUCGGCGUCACUGAGGUCAACAAGAAUGUUGGCGCAGUUUGGAGCUGCAUGGACAAACUUGGCCACAAUUCUGCUAGCAGCCACAUGUUUGACUCCUUUCCUCGCCUCGACCCACCGCCGCCAACAGGAAAGAAGCGCGUCCCUCGAGCUUUGAAGACGACCCAGGACAUGAUGAUCUCCUCUGACCCUGUAGUCGCCUCGCCAGACCCGGCAGAUUCUCCCCCCUUUCUGCCCUCCCCUGAAGAAACAUCUCAGGGCCCCAACGAGGAGAGGAAGAGUGAGGAAAAGCUACCAGGAGGCAGUGAGGAGCAGGAGGAGAGGUCGACAGAAAUCACAGACCCACUCGGUCUGGUGGCGAACCAACCCGAUUCAGAGACAGAGGAGACCAAAUCCACGACUGAUGAAGUCAAAGAUGGGGAGGAGGAAAAAGGGAGCCCAGAAGGAGGUGAGGAGGAACAUCGACACCAGCUUCAGCUUUCUGUGCCAGACCUCAUCAACAAGGAUCCUCCUUUGGAGUCCCGAGCCAAACCCUGCGACGUCUGGCAGAGGGCAUCCUCGCCAGACUCCCGGCUCGCCUCCUCUCCGAUUUUGGGCAAGGCACCCUGCCGCAUCAGCCUGGGGGAGGAGGUCCUGCUUGGUAACGGCGCCCCCUGCAGUAAAGACUCAGGAGGAGGCACUGAGGAGGCAGAGCCUCACCCAGACCUGCUGUCCUUUGAGUAACUCAAAUUUUUACUGUGGCUUUUAAAUGUAUCACCCACCCUGCUUUAGUUUAGGACAAAGAGAAAAGAUGCUUUUCAGAAGCAAGGCAGGCUUGAAGACCUGCUGCUUUUCAAACUUUAUAUCAGCUUUUUAAACAGUUUCGUCACUGGUUUGAGGUCAGUCAGACUACGUAAAUUAUAUAUUUUAUGCAUAAAAAUACACAGGAAAAGGCUGGCUGUUUGCCAUCAUUUCUAGCUCACAAUGCAAAAAUAACAAACAGAGUAAAAAACAAGGGUCAUUAUUUUAUUGCAGUUUCAGUUUUUAAAAUAAUAAAGUAAAAAACAAUGUUCAUAUUUCAUUAAAUUUUUUUUGUAACUUUGGCCUUUAAAAGUUCCCUGUCUGCUUUAAUGACAGCCUGAUUAUGUAUUAAUGAAUGUAUUUAGUGUGGUGACAUUACCUUUAGAUGGGUUAAAGACUUAUAGAUAUGAACAAAACCUUUAAAUCCUUGAAAACCACACCAUUUUUUAUUCAUAAAAGGUUUUAUUUUUUAAGUGUGUUACUAAGCUGCUGCAUUAAAGCCAGUUAAAAACUGCAAAAAGUAUAUAUGUUAAAUAGAAUUAUAUAUUUUACAUUUCAUAAUUUUAAACUACAUGGUAAAGUUUUUUGUUUAUUUUUUUCUUUCUCAGUUGUUUAUAGCAGUCUGGAAAACAUGCUCAGAAAAAAAACAGGAAGUGAGAAUUAAAGGCUUAAAAGGAUGUGUUUGAGAUUGAACAGGUAGGGUGAAUAUCACAGUCACAGCACGUCUGCGACCUCCAGUUUAUAAAAAAAAACAAUCAUUCUGAAUCAAAGUUUUUUUAACUCCACUUCAGGAUGAUUUAACUCUCCAAAAGAAGCUUUUUGUCUCAAUUCUGUGCUGAAGCCAAUUUCUGGCUUUUCUCAGAAAUUGAUCGGUAACACAGAGUUAGUUAUUUUCAAAACUUGUGCAAAUCAAGAUCCACAUUUUUGCCUGCAACAGGAGUGUCCAAAGUGUUCCCUGUGGGCACACAUGAUUGCGUGCAGCCCAUGUCCACUGUUGAACAAUGAUGCAAAUUAUGACAUUUUUUUAGACAAAGACAAUAAAAAAAAAUCAAGCCAAGACUUUAAGAAAUUAUAAACCUUUUCUUGAGCAGGGCAAACUUGCAAAAAUUGUUUUCAGUAAACUAGUGUGUGUUUGUUUUAAUGUUAAGCAGGUAAAAUGUUCAAAUUUCACAAUAAAACCUUUUUGCCUGUAGAAACAUUCUAGUAUUUUCAACCAGGCGAUUUUGACCCACAUGGCAAACAGUUUUGACACCACUGUUCUAAUGGAUCCAGCAAUGAGAGAAAUUUUAAUCACAAAUUGUUGUGUUUUGUUCCUGGAUUCUGCCACAAACCAGACUGAAUAUGUGAAGUUCUAUAGAAAUCUGGCUCGUCAUUUAAAAACAAUAUUAAAUCACCAAUGCCUUAAUCUGUAAAAUAUACAUCCUCUAAAACAUAACAUAAAUAAGCUGACUAUUUUUAGGACUAAAACAUAUUUGACAUAUUUGACUGUAUGAGCUAAAAUCUGCUGCUAUACUGGAACUAAAUGCCAAGGAAUGAGACGAAUUGAAGUAAUUACCGGUCUGUGCAGCUAGGAUGUGCAAAGACAGGUUGUUCCACAUAUUAGCUGGAGCAACAUCUGUUCAGGCUAUAAAUCUGUUUUCUUCCUUCCACACCCAGUAAAUUAAUUAGCCGUUAAUACUUUGAUGCGAAACGGAUCAGUUUGGUGUGCCUCUCUCCAGAAACAAACGAUGAAAGGUUGUUUCCCUGCGCAGACCUGAAAUGUGCUUGACUACAUAUUCCAUCACCCUACAGAUGGAGAUGGGACUGAAAGACGUCUGAAUGGAGUGUUUUUAGAAAAGGGAUGAGGGGUUCCUGAGUUAAAGAGAGGGCAAGGUAAUGAGCUGUCAACAGGAAGGGAUGAAAGAGGUGUAUUUUUUAUUCAAGCGGAUCCUAAAGUGACAGACCAAAGACGGAAAUUAACAGCUCAGUCAGACAGGUUGUUUUAUCACUUUUUUUUACUUGCCAGAGGAGGAAAAAAGCAAUAAUAUGGAGGAGUAUUUUUUUUGUUAUUGUUGCUUAAAAAGAUGAAAGCCAAAGAGUGAACUUUUCUACCAUUUCUUUGUGUCUUUAUUCUUCAAAAGACAGAGGUUGACUCAGGUGCUUGUUACAUGUAAGCUGGCAUUGAGAGAAAUUAUUAAGCCUUACUUCACACCUGUUUGUCAAAGCAGGUAGAUUGGGGUCUGGUUGCCGUGGUUACUUUAACACAAAUCAAGCACUAAGAAGUAGAAAUCUGUAAUUUUCUAACCUGGCAUUCUGAAGAUGUUCUGGGGAUUUCUGCUUCUGGGUUUUGAGGCGUGUUUGUUUAACACCCUGGAUAUAUAUUUUUUUGAGCAGAGAACUAAAGUGCAGAAUGCCAUGAAUUUCCCAGAAGAAGCUGAGACCAAAAGCAGCACCAGCUGAGAAUGAGAGGAAUGUGUAGCUCGUACUUAUGAGGAAAAAAGCAAGCUUUGUCUCAGUUUUUUUUUUUUCGUUUUUUUUUUCUCUGAAUGUGUCUGAGGCACUGAACUGUAACCAAGCAGCUGAGGCCUCCUCUGCGGUUCUGAAUCAUGUUCCACUUUUUUUUCUUUUUUUUUUUUUUCAGUGAAAUUACUCAGAGCUGCAGAUGUUUGAGUAGAAAGCACUCCAAAAAAAAGAGAGAUAUUUUUAUACAUAUCUAAAAAAAUUAGCUUUAAAGUUACGGGGAACCGAGCCUUUGGAUAUGCAAAUACCACACCCAGGUCUCUGACCAUUGCCUGUAGGGAUGCACUACAUGCACAAGUCUUAAUAAGUACCUUAUUUUUUAUUGCAGAAUAAGACAAACUUUCUUGUAAUAUUUGAAGUGGUUUUGAUCUGUAGUUUUUAGGCUUCUGAAGGUUUUCCUAAAAAUAAUUAUUUGAACUUUUGCUUAUUUUUCAGUCAACAUUAGCCUAUUAACCAUGACCAAUAAAUGGUACAGAUUUAAAAAGGUUGUUAAUAUCAAGCAAUAACCCAGCGGUGUGUUGACAGGGCUUUUUCUUACCAGAGGCCUGCCAUAAAUAUGAAAUUGCUUCCUAUCAUUUAACUGAAUUUAAAACUUUGUUCAUUUUGGUUGUCAUGGAUCUUCUUUUUUUUUCCAAUAAUUUUUUGUCUUCAACUUCUCCCUCUUCCGCUUUGGGAUUAUACAUGACACCAACAGCUAAGAUAUCUUCAAUUAGAGUGAUUUUGCAUGUUAUCAAGUUGGAUCUCUUCGCGGUAACAUCCAGUCAGUAUUUCCACCUCACAGUGAGUGUGUCUACUUAGUCAUAUCUAUUUUAGCUGUGUGGAAAAACCUCAUUGUGGGGAGUAGCUAGCCAGUUAAAUCUGGUUUGCAUCACAAGCUCCAUCCUGAAGGUAAAGGGAAGUAUAAAGUCAUUCAGAGUUUCUGUGUAGCGUUGAUAUUUAUACAAUUUACUCUUAGCAUGUUUAGAAUCUGCUUAUAAAAAAAAUAUAACUGAGUAUGGAGAUGCAUCUUUCCAUACUUGGAUAUGUUUUUUAUUUGUAAUAAAUGUGUGAACAGUAAUAAUGGCUGCAAAUUUCAAGAUCAUGAAUUGACUAUUUCAUUAUUUUGACAUAUGAAAGUAUUUUUUAAUAAUAAUAAUUGUCAUUCAAUAUUUAGUAAUGCAUCAGUUUAGGAUCAGGUUUUUUCCAUCUUAAGCCAGUAGACCACAUCACUCUAAUUUGAAUUUUAGCCUUUAUAUUUUAAGAUCAACUGUGAUCAUAAAAAACCAGUUUGAGGUUUAAUUUUCUUCAGAUAAGUCGAUGAAAUUCUAAUCUCAAGAAACUAAAGCUAUGCUUUCUUGAGAUAACAGAAAUAAACUGUUGUGACAAGUCAAGCUACCAUUUGGUCAUCUUAAUAUGACUUAAUUUUAUGACAAAAGGUCUAUCAAAAAAAAAAAACAAGUUUAAAUCUAUAUGACAAUUUAGAUUUUCCUAAUUUCAAGAUGAUAGGUAAUCAAAAUAAGUUCAUAACAUUCCAUCUUAAGUUGUUGACUGUAAACCAGCCUACCCAUGCACAUUUACAGUAUAUGAACUUUCCCAAACUUUCAUGGGUUUGCAUUUCAGUUAUUACAGUUAUAUUACACACUUCUGCUGCUUCAAAUACCUGGAACACAUUGAUACUAAACCUCAAACACCUAACAAAAUAAUCCAAAUCAGUUGCAAUGUUAGAUCUUAAAAGUCAUGACACAUUUGAACAGAUGCAUCUGGACAAGGGCAAUAGUAUAGAAACAUAAAUUGUGUAGGAACCCUGUUACUGCCUCACCACCCGGGCGGAUUAGGGGGUUCAAUUUCCACAUUUAUUAUUUUUUAGCCUCACAAUGCACAAUACACUGCCAUAGACAAGUAAAAGAAACUGAUCAGUAUGAAAAUGAUUAGAGUGAAAGAGCAAAAACAAAUGAAAUCCUGGAGAGGCCUUUUUGAAGACCAAUUAAGAAGUUACAAGAAGGUUUGUAAGCAAUAUGUUGAUAAAUAAGCCAAGGUUAGUUAAUUUUACAAAUAACAGCUGGAUAAUGUACAGUACAGACCAAAAGUUUGGACACACCUUUUAAUUCAAUGAGUUUCCUUUAUUUUCAUGACUAUUGACAUUGUAGAUUCACACUGAAGGCAUCAAAACUAUGAAUAACACAUGUGGAAAUAUGCACUAAACAAAAAAGUGUAAAACAACUGAAAAUACCCCUUGAGCAUAUGCACAGCAAGAGAACAUCAAUAAAAACAUGAUAAGCAGAAUACUAAAUUCUCUGAGUAGAAAUUAGAGACAGAGCCUUAGCCUGAUUUUAGUAGCUUUUCUGGGUUGCUUGCAUUUCCUCUUCUUGACUUUAAAAACCAUUUUUAAACAUUGAGCAACGUUUAAAACAUAUAAGAGUCUGUAUUUUAAAAAAUAACCAAGUUCGUUAUAAUAUCACAAGAUUGCUGUGCUUGAUUCUCUUUUUAUGAAAUUACCAAAUUGAUUGUCUGAUGUUUGUGUUGUUUUAUGUAUGUUUUUAUGCCCUUUUGGAUCUGGAAAAAAGGCAACAUUUCUUGUGAUUUUCUUGUCUAAUUUAAGAUGACUUUAGCAUAAAUAACACACUAACAUAAUCAACUAAAGAUAAGGGCAAAAUGACACUACAUAGCUGUUUAGAAAACCUGAACUCUGUUUCUUUGUUGGAAAUAGUAAAUUCUUUGAAGAUAUCAAGCAUUGUUCAUUUUUUAAGUCUGUAAACCACUAACUUUAUCAUUUUUGUUGAAGGAACAGUAAUGUACAAUUUUUACCAAAACUUUCUUUUCCUAACAACAAAUGAAGGAGUUAUAGAAUGUAGUUUUUAUUUAGCUAUUUACUUUAAUUUUUUUAUGUUGAAAUUUUAUGUUUUUGUCUCUGCAAAGCCAAUCUGCAUAAUUCCAGUUUUUAUUGAUGAAUGAAGGACGCUCGGUGUAACACAUGGACUUUUUAAUUCCAAGGGACUGUUGAAUGUCUAAAUGAAGCUUGAGAUUUUUUAUCUUGAAACUGUUGCUAAUUAAGUAAUUUUUUUAUCAAGCAAAAGAUGAAACUGAAUGAUUUCCACCUUGUACUUUCCUACUUUACUUGUCAUAAAGAGGAGACGUAAUAAUUUCCUACAAUCACUGUAAUCUUAUAAAUUUUGAUUUAACCAUUUGAA